AUCAUUUUGAAAGAGGCCAAUACUGAAUGAAAUAUCUGCUGGGAUUCAACGUGCAACUAUGGAGAAUAGAUCAGUGGUGAUGUCAUUUAUAUUGACGGCAUACAUUGAAAUGGAAGACCAUAGAUAUGUAUACUUCACAGGUUUCCUGUCAUUGUUCAUUCUUAUGCUGUUAGUAAAUAUAAUUCUUAUUACAGUAAUUUGUAUUGAAGCCAGUCUCCAUGAACCCAUGUAUUUUUUAUUGUGUAGCUUAGCAGUAAAUGGAAUUUAUGGCACUAUAUCUUUAUUACCAUCAAUACUUGGUCAUUUAAUGUCUCAUACUUAUGAAAUAUCACUGACUGCAUGUCUUUCACAGAUCUUUUGUUUACACACAUGUGUUUCAGUUGAAUUUAUUACUUUAGCAGCGAUGGGCUAUGACAGAUAUGUUGCCAUUUGUCAUCCAUUACACUAUCACCAGUUAAUGUCUCAUAGAAAAGUGUGCACACUUAUAGCAUUGUGCUGGAUUUACCCUUCCAUUGUGUUUGGGAUGUAUUUCAUAUUAACUGCACAGCUUAUAUAUUGUGACAACAUCAUGGAAAAGAUGUAUUGUGCUAGCUUUUCAUUAGUGAAACUGUCUUGUUUUGACGUUUCUUUGCUCAACAGAGUUGGCCUUGUUGUUGCUUCUUUAGUUAUUGUUCCACAGCUGCUCAUGAUACUAUUUUCAUAUGCACAAAUACUCAGAAUCUGCCUGUCUGCUUCUAAGGAAUCUCAGGCCAAAGCUAUUCAAACAUGCACCCCACACUUACUGGCUGUGAUUAACUACGCAGUAGGAUCCUUUUUUGAAAUUAUUUCAACUCGUUUCAACAUGAGUCAUAUACCUUAUAAAGCUCGCAUAUUCCUGGCCCUUUACUUUCUGAUAUUUCCCCCAUUGCUUAAUUCUGUAAUUUAUGGAAUUAGCAUUCAAGCCAUCAGAGUUCAGGUUUUCAAACUGUUCAUUACUUGUAAAAAUAAGUUAUUUACACUGUAAAUAAGACACUGAGACAAGGAGGUAGUCUACUGUUUGUUCAAUGCAUUUACACAUUUUUAAGCCAAUUACCUACAUGACAUGACAUGUAAUACCAUUGGUGAUAGGCUCAAUUAAAGGUCAUGACUCUGGUUGCUUUUGCUGCAGGACAGGGAAGCUGUUGUUAUUUCUACCUCUACAAUUCAAGCCCUUUUCCCAUUUACAUUUUAGUAUUCACAAAAUACUCUCAUUCAGAGUGACAUACACCAAUUACAUAAAAAGAGGUAAUCCCAGAUCGCUAAUCCUUAUGCUACGCUACCCCCCAAAUGAAAUUCUCGUACCCUCACAUGGUUUUUGGCACCUUGUUGUCGUAUAUUUGUUACUGCCGCACCUUGUUAUUUGAUUUUGACUUUUUAAAAUCACAUUUGAUGUCAA